AUGUCCUUGCUCCUCAGACCUGUUACCAGACUUUCAUCCCGUGCCGCCAUCCGUCGCCUCUCCUCAUCCCGCUUGACAAAGUUCCAGCUCCAGCCCUUCAGCGUCCACGCCUCCAAGAUGUCCGACCAGUCCAUUGUCUUCACCAAGAACGCCCCGGCCCCUGUUGGCCCUUACUCCCAGGCCAUCAAGACCCCCACCGCCAUCUACUGCUCCGGCCAGAUUCCCCUGACCCCCGACGGCAACCUCCUCGAGGGCUCCAUCACCGACAAGACCAAGCAGUGCAUCACCAACCUCAAGGCCGUCCUUGUCGAGGCCGGCUCAUCCAUCGAGAAGGUUGUCAAGGUCAACAUCUUCCUCGCUGACAUGGGCAGCUUUGCCGAGAUGAACGGCGAGUACGAGAAGUGGUUCACCCACAAGCCCGCCCGCAGCUGCGUUGCUGUCAAGACACUUCCCAAGAAUGUCGACGUUGAGAUCGAGGCCAUUGCCCUCCCCUAA